GUGGUAAACAAAAAAAUCAUCAAGUGCAAGGAUGUGAAGUAAUAAAAAGUUAAAAAGCAAGUACGAAGAAUUCUUCAGCAACAAUGAUAUUUCCGUGCUUCAACACACUUACCACGCUUAUGUUAGUACUUUUUCUCACUACGUUGGAGUGCAGGAAAAAGAAAUUCAGUGCCGAUAUAAGUUUUGACAGUUUAAUAUCUGGGAUGAAUAAGAAGGAGCAGGAGAUGUUUCGAGAAGAAUUACAAAAAGAGGUCAAAAAAUUUCAUAUUCCAUCCCAUCGAAAACCAAAAUCCAACAGUGGAGCAAAAAAAAGAAAACUCAAGCCACGCCCAGCUAAGCCAGCCAUACCUGGAAUAUGCGAUCCUAUAUGUGGUCACCAAUGCGUUCAUGGUUGCGAUUUUCGAUGCUGUGUUCCUGGAUAUCAAUCUACUCAUCGCAUCCCUCGACCACCUGUAGGUGUAGCUCUUCCAGGUUCAUGCAGUCCAACUUGUUCGCCUACCUGCUUUCCAGAGUGUUCGCAAGUUUGUUGUUCGGGUGGAUCAAAAGGGAUGUUUCAAUCUUCACUUGAUCUGAGCACCUUAUUUCCCCCAACCUGUCCCCCGGGUUGUCCAGAGGCUUGCUUUCCUUUUUGCACACCAGCCUGCUGUAGUGGCCGUGCAGCCCCGCAAACCGGUAUGUAUCAAGCUCAAGCUCUUCAUAUAGCCCCUUCACAGUAUGCAGUACCGCAACAGCCACUACCUACUCAUCCGAUGUUCACCCAAUGUGGUGGUUCCUGUCCUCAAUCAUGCGCACCUAGCUGUUUAACAAGCUGUUGUAUUUCAUCGCAACAGCCAGCGAUGAAGCCAAUUUAUAUGCCUCCACCCCCUCCGCCCCCUCCACCCCCUCCACCUCCCCUUGCACUACUACCACCACCACCGCCACCUCCUCCACCUCCACCUGUGCCUAUGCCCCAAUCCUCUCCAUAUGUUCCAACCUACCAAAUGUAUCAAGGCGUCAUCACAACAGAUUCAUGUGCAGGAGUGUGUCCAGAUGCUUGUGCCCCAUCAUGCCAACCCUCGUGUUGUCAAAAUCAACAACAAAUGUCGUAUGCGCCUUCACAACCUAUGCCUACUCAAAUGCAACAAAUGUUACAAGCUCAGCAGGAGUUACCACCGCCUCAAGUACAGUCACAAUUUCAACAGCAACAGCAACAACCAAAACAGUUGCCGCAACCUCAACCGGACUCACUAAAUAAGAAGCCAUCUCAAACACAAGAGCCCCUACCAGGCGAUACAGAAGAUAUAAAACCACAAGUACAAGCGCCACAUAUUUGUCCACUGACAUGUCCAGAUAUGUGUCUGCCAGAUUGUACAGAUGCUUGCUGCAACAGCAGUAAGGAUUCUAAUGCGGAAAUUGACAAAAAAUCUAAGAUUGCAAGGCAACUUGCAUUAUUAAGGAAGCGCAGACAUUUGAAUUUCUAGAAGUUCAAAAUUGAAAUUAUGUAUCGCAUGUGUCGGUAUUUAUCAGGAUUGUGUAUAAUGUACAACACAGUAAUUUUUAUAAAUCGCAUUGUAUAUAUAACUACGUUCGACUUUAUUGGUACAUGCAAGAUAAGUUUAUCAUUCACAGAA